GGUGCGCGCCCCGUGUCGGACCCGCCGCCCUCUCGGAGCCGACACCCCGACGCGCCCGCGCGUGCCCGUGCCCGCCUGCCAGCGCCGCUGAAGAUGGCGAGCCCGGCGCCUCCGGAGCCCGCCCAGGAAGGAUGCCCGGCUCGGGCUGCCGGGGAGCAGGAGCCGCCGCCCCGGGCUCCCCCCGGGGAGCGGGGGGAGGAAGCGCCGGAGGAAGGGGCGGCGGCGGCGGCCGCGGGGCGGCAGGUGGAGGAGGCCGCCGGCGAGGUGGCCGCCGCGGUGACCUGGCUGCUGGGGGAGCCCGGGCUGUGGCUGGGCUGCUGCGCCAAGGAGCUCCUGAGCUGGAAGAGGCCGCUGCGCACCGUGCUCGGCUUCGCCGGGGCCAACCUGCUGUUCUGGUUCCUCGCAUUGACUCCAUGGAGAGUGUAUCACCUGAUUGCUGUCUCGAUACUUGGGCGAGUUAUUAUGCAAAUAAUAAAGGAUAUGGUUUUGUCUAGAAAGAGAGGUGCACAGCUGUGGAGAAGCCUCAGUGAAAGGGCAGACAUGCCUGAAGGUGAGGACUUGGGACCAGACAAAAGCUGGGAAGUUAUCACUUCCAAACCAGAUGAAAAACCCAGGCUCAGCCACUGUAUUGCAGAAUCCUGGAUGAAUUUCAGCAUAUUUCUUCAAGAAAUGUCUCUUUUCAAACAGCAGAGCCCUGGCAAGUUUUGCCUCCUGGUCUGCAGUGUGUGCACGUUUUUUAUGAUCUUGGGAAGUUACAUUCCUGGGGUUAUACUCAGCUAUCUACUCUUACUGUGUGCAUUUUUGUGUCCACUGUUUAAGUGUAAUGAUAUGGGACAAAAACUAUACAGCAAAAUCAAGUCAGUUCUGCUGAAACUAGAUUUUGGAAUUGGAGAAUAUAUUAACCAGAAAAGACGUGAGAGAUCUGAAGCAGACAAAGAAAAAAGUCACAAAGAUGACAGUGAAUUAGACUUUUCAGCUCUUUGUCCUAAGAUUAGCCUCACGGUGGCUGCCAAAGAGUUGUCUGUGUCCGACACAGACGUAUCCGAGGUGUCCUGGACUGACAAUGGGACCUUCAACCUUUCAGAAGGAUACACUCCACAGACAGACACUUCUGACGAUCUUGACCGACCUAGUGAGGAAGUUUUCUCUCGAGGCCUUUCAGAUUUUCCAUCUCUAGAAAAUGGCAUGGGAACAAACGAUGAAGAUGAAUUAAGCCUCGGCUUGCCCACUGAGCUCAAGAGAAAAAAGGAACAGUUGGACAGCGGCCUCAGACCCAGCAAAGAGAGGCAGUCACCAGCUGGUCUCACCCUUCCUCUGAGCAGUGACCAAACCUUUCACCUGAUGAGCAACCUGGCUGGGGACGUCAUCUCAGCUGCAGUGACUGCUGCUAUCAAAGACCAGUUAGAGGGCGCGCAGCAAGCCCUUUCUCAGGCUGCACCCAGCCCGGGAGAGGACACAGACACUGAAGAAGGGGAUGACUUUGAACUCCUUGACCAGUCAGAGCUCGAUCAAAUUGAGAGUGAAUUGGGACUUUCACAAGACCAGGAAGCAGAAGCACAGCAAACUAAGAAGUCUUCAGGCUUCCUUUCAAAUCUACUGGGAGGCCAUUAGUCUGGAAUCAGCUUAUAUGACAGAGCACAGAUAAACUACCAAAAAAAUUUCAAACAAACAAAAAAAAAAAAAAAAAAGAAAAGAAAAAAAUGUUUUUGAACUGUGAGCUUUACUCAUUGCUUUAGAUUAUUUUGUCUUAUUUUCCCUUCUGCAGUGAAUUAAUUGGAUAUAUAUCAGCUGACACUGAUAGAUUGAUAUAUCUGAUAGUUAUUUUUAUGUAAUAAGCAUGGAAAUGAAAAAAUAUAUAUAUACAAUUGACCCUUGAACAAAUGGGUUUGAACUGUGCGGGAUUAUUUCAAUAAAUACUAUAAAUGUAUUUUCUCUUCCUUAUGAUUUUCUUAGACAUUUUGUUUUUCUAGCUGACUUUCUUGUAAGAAUACAGUAUAUAAUACAUAAACAAAAUGUGUUAAUCAACUAUGUGUUAUCAGUAAGGCUUCCAUCAGUGGUAGGCUAUUAAUAGUUACGUUUUUGGGGGAGUCAAAGAUAUACACAGAUUUUUGACUGUGCAGUGGGUCGGUGCCCCUAACCCCCGCAUUGUUCAAGGGUCAACUUGACAUGUGUGUGUAUAUGUAUGUAUGUGUGUAUACAUACAUAUAUACACACAUAUACAUACAUACUGUUUUUUCAGAGAUGAAUAUUAGGGGUUAUAUUUAAAGCAAAAAGAAAACAUGAAAUUAUUGCAAUCCUUCCAUAAGUACUCCUUACUUUUCCUUUACAAUUAUUUUUUUUUUACAAUUAAUUUUUCAAGCAUGCAAAAACAGUUUAUUGUAAUUCACUGAAUCAUUAAUAACUAAUUGGGAAUACAUGUUAUAUCAACCCCUUUGUUCCUAACACUGGGAAACAGAUAAAUAUUUUUGGUGGAUUUUGUUGUAAAAAGGUAAAAAUUAUUGAGGCAUCUUUAGUUGAAGACUUGGAAAAUAAUAUCAAAAUCAAUUUCCUAGGAAAAAUUCUUAAAAUGUAUUUAACUCCUUUGGAUAGGCUGGUACAUUUCCAUUGUUAUUUCUGCAGUUGUAGAUUUAGGCUUACUUGUAAAUGGCAUGCUCCAUUGACUGUCAGCUCUAGUCCCGCAAUGGGUGAUAUUAACCCAUAGAAAGCAAGUAAUUAUGUAUCACGUAUACCGUUGUAAACAGAUAUUGGGCUAUGUUUUGUGGUUCAAUUAUCAUAUAUUUGUAAUAGGGAUAUCAUGAGUGCAGAGCUAUUCUGCCUGCUCAGAUCUAGGUUAAGCCCUCACCUUUGAUAUAGUGUCAUGGGAAAAAAAACGGUCUCUUAAAAUCAUGAAACUAGUUCCUGAUCUGUUCUGUGAGUGAUGUGGUCAUCAGUAGUAGAAAAAAAUAACUGUUUUGUAGUCUGUAUAAAUUCUCCUACAGGAGAAAAACUUGCUUGGCUUUACUAUGUAUUUAUUUGCCAUUGAAGUCUAAAUAUUUAAUGUUUCUCAUUGGGAAGCUAGAAUAUGUUUUUCCAUUAUUUUAAACUUUUUCGAUCACCUUUAAUAACCAAAUUUGACGGAGGUUUUUAACAGAGGACUAAAGAGCAGGAAUCAAGCUAAUUGUGCUUUUGCGAUGUAACGUUUAAUAGUGUUGAGGGACCAUGCCAGCAAAGACUGUUGGCAGUCUUUUCAAUCUUCAGUACUGCUGGCAUGUCUGCAGAUGCAUACAGACAUCUGCGACCCUCAGAAAGGAAGGAUAAUCCAAGAAUAUAGGAAAUCUGUGAUCCCCGCCCUUCAUUUUAUUUUCUAAAGGCUAGUCUAAUCAUAGGUAAUGUGACAUUUUAAUGUAGCAGCUCUUAUUUUUUUCCUUCUGAGAUAUUAAAAUAUCUAGAUUGAAUUUUGCCAAAUGUUAAAGGGAGAGAAGUUACUGAAGACUUUGAACACCUGCUUUUUGUGACUGACUAUGCUUAUAUGUCAUUAGUGCCUCAUGACUGUGUUUGAUGUCCUUUAUUGAUACACAGUGAGCCUGUGCCUUCAUUAUCUUGCCCGUUUUGGUACAAAUGAAAACUUGGUGUUAGAUCUAUGAACUGUGUGUGUUUGGGAGAAAUAUACCUGAAUUCUAUUCAAUAAGAGUUUCUGGACAUGAAGAAAAAUACAGUCACACAUUUAUAAAUAGUGGUGACUAGGAUUCCCUUUUUUUUAAAUGUGUAUGUUUCUUCAUUUAAAAAAUAUUUUUGGCCACAAAGUCAAAAAGUUUGAAGGUCAUUUCAAUUUCUUCAUUGAGGGGAAAAUAAGAAGUUAAAUAAUCCAAAUAAUUAAAGAAUGUGUUACAAUUCAGUGGACAAGCUUACACGAGAAGAUAAACUCAGGAGUUGAUGGUAUGAACAAUGUACUAGAAUCAAAUGUUGUUAACUAUAAGUCAAAAGGGUCUUCGGGAUGGGGAGGGGAUGAGGACAAGGGAGGGUAGAAAAAUGUGUUACCAGCACUAUGGAGGAGACAUGCCAGCUCUCUAUCGACAGUGGCUUUAUCACCUUAUAUCUUCACUGUCUGCCUAUGAACCUGGCACUUCAAUGUUAUUUGUUUGAGAAUAUGAUCACAAAUAUAUACAUACAAUAAUGGUAUUCUUAAUUCAAACUAACAGGGAUAUGGAGGGGUUUUAUUUUUUUGGGUGUCUAUGGUUUUUUGUUUGUUUUUUGGUGGGGGAGCAUUAUAUAUAAUCUUGUUUCUGAUUUUAAGAUAUAGUAACAGUAAACCCUGUGAUUGAUCCGGUAUGGGGGGUGGGGGGGGGGCUCUAUAUCCCUUAACAUCAGGAUUGAUGCAGUCAUUAAAAUUUGAAGCAUGUAUUUAUUUUUUAAUUAUAGAGGAGUUGUAGAAAAAUGUUUUGCUCAUUUCCAGUAGAAAAUGCUGAGCAAAAUGAGAAUAGUAUACAUUGAUCAUGCAUAUUGAUCUGAAACAAUAAAACAGAGUCCAAGAAGGUCAAGUUUGCUUUGGAAGGUCAACCCAGGGUUAAAGCAGUGUUUAUAUUCUCAUUCUGAAACAUCUUUGCUUUUUCCUACCCUAAAAAUCUUCAAAAGUGAUUUUUAAAAAAUUGCCCCUCUCCAGCUUAGUAUUCUUUUAAGAAAAGAAACUUGUAUAAGAUUUUGCAAUUGGCAAACAUCCUCAACACCUUUAGGCAUCUCCCUGCAAUAUUUGAAAUAAGGGCAAUUUUCUUCCUUUUAAAUAAGUGGCAAAUGCCAGCAUAUUACCGAUUUUAGGUCAGAAGCAAAUCUACAUUUAAGAAAAAUAUAAUUUAGUUGAUGUAGAGUUUACACUGCUCCAACUAUAUUAGUUAUAAGGUAGAAAUGAUUCUGAAAACACUUACUAAACUGUUGUCAUAGGUCAUUCGUGAUCAUGAUGAAAUUAAAAAGUCCCAGAACUAUUUUUGUGUGUAUUGUCCCUCCAUUUCCACCAAAGCAUUCCAGCUGGGAUGGAAUGUCAGAAGUAGGAGUCUGGUUCUGAUGUUAAUAUUAUGGCCCUAAGUCACAAUGUCAAAGUCACAUAACAUCCCAAGACCACUACCCCAAUGUCCCCAACAUAAAAUUAGGAAGCUAAUUCUUACCUUCUCACAGGGAUGUUUUGAGAAUGAAUGGGAGGAAAAAAGCAUCUGAAACACUUUCAGGGGAUAAAAAAAACUGUGUAAAACCAAGAUAGUGAUUUUUUCCCCCAGCCUGUGUUUCAACUAAGCCAUCUUUUCAAACAUGAAAACCAAGUCAAUCAACAAGUACCUGCUUAUGAGAAAACUCUGUUUCUUUCGAUGGGCCUACACUUUAUUGGCCUCAUAACCCAAUAAAUGCUGUGGAAUAAAGGAUGAAAAGUUUUGCAAAAACGUCUAUCAUUUCAGCUGACUCUGGACCAUGUAUGAGAUUCUUCACUAAUCAUGUUUAAUGGUUCUAACACUUAUUGGCUGUGGGACUGUAGUCACCUCACGUCUCUGUACCUGUUUCCUUUAUCUAUAAAAUUAACAUCUAACACCCACCUCCUAAUAUGUUAUGAGGAUAAAGUGUCUAAGACUGAGGUUGGAAAACUAUGGCCUGUGGGCCAAGUCUGGCCUGCAACAUUUUUGUAUGGAAUACCAGCUAAAGUAUUUUUUUUUUACAUUUUUAAAUAGUUGAAAAAAAUCAAGAAUAUUUCAUGAUGUGAAAAAUAUAUGAAAUUCAAAAUUCAACAUUCAUAAAGUUUUAUUAGAACACUCAUUCAUGUACUGUCUAUGGCUGCAUUCAUGCUAUUAACAGAAAAGUUGAAUAGUUGUGACAAAGAACAUAGGCCUACAAAGCCUAAAAUAUUUACUAUCUGGCCCUUUAUAGGAAAAGUUAGCCAACCCUUGACCUAAAACAUAGAAAACAAUGACACUUGGGAUUGUGUGUAAUCUUUGUGAUUACUGUUAAGUAAGAGGUCCCCCCCCCCAGAAGAACAGGGUUAAAUAAGUUGCUCAGUUACACAGCACAUGCUUGCAUGUAACUGGGGCACACAGCUUCUAGCUUGUGUUCCCUUUAACUGCGAGCUACAUGGGAUGGGGUGGGGGAAUUGUUUACUGAAAAUCACAAUACUUAACAUUUUUUUCAUGACCACAGAAUUCAUAGAAAUUGUAAACCACUUCUUAAAUGUUCAUUUUAUAUUCUAUAUUUGUUACCCCCGAAAGGUAACCUCAACCAACCCUAUCUCCUUUACAGUUUCUUACUGAAACCCAAUUGCCACUGCAGUAUAGGAAUGUGAAAAGUAGUAAGCCGAAACCAGCAAAUAUUGUGCUCACUACUAUAUCAAUUGACUUGAAGGUGACCUUAUUAACUUUUUUAAUUACCAAAAAUCAACAUUGCAACAUCUCCUAGCCUAUAAAGGAACCACUCAUCAUGGUACUGUCACUGUGACAGUGUGCACCAUAACAUCAGCACUUCGGUAAUUAAGUGAACUAACUUACAAGCUAUGUCACAGUAUCCAGAAGGAAUUUUCAAUAUUUUCAAACCUAAUUUUUUUUUGUCAUGGGCGGACUCAGUUUAAAUUCUUCAGUAGGAUGAUUAAUUGGUAAUAGACCUUUUUAAUAAGUUGUCAGCAGAAAUUAGACACAUGAACAUAGUACCUGGAUAUGCUGUGGAAAAUUUAACUCAAAGGUCCUUUAGUCAUUUGGCUUGCAGCUAUUGGCUGCAGACCUGCUCUUCUGGUAUUUUUCUAAUCAAUUCCAGCUCCUGCUGCUGGAUCUACUGAAGGCCCAGUUCUAUUCCUGAUGUCCAUGUAAACUGAGACACUUUUGCAUCCCUGCUGUUUACCAAUGAAGAAUGAGCAAAAAAGUCUAUACAGUUCAACGCUUUACCCAAUGAUAAUUUGAUACUUUCUAGACUUAUUUUCCCUUCUUUCACUGUAUCCUAUGCUUCGCCCAAACUGGACAUAUUCUAAAUAUGUCCCUUAUUUUCCUUCUUCCACAGUUUUUCUUCUUUUUCUACUUGCAGAUGAAGUCCUCAGUAUUUCCCCUCUUUCAGUGCCCAUCUGGAAUGGGUCAACUCCUUAAUGAAAACUUUUCUGAUCUCCCUAGUUGAUGAAAUUUCUCUAUUCUAAAGACUCCAUUGCCUCUUCCUUUAUAUUUCAUUGUCCUUGACCCCAGCUUCAUGGUAUUAGUUAAUUGUGUAUUUCUUACCAUUCAUAACAAAUCCCAAAAUGAAAGUAGGGCUGUCUUUGUUUAGAACUAGCUGAAUAUCAUAAAGGAUAGGUGAUGUGAUUUAUAAUGAGAAAUAUACAUUCCUGGCACAGAGCUGCUAAAACCUGUGGAAUUUCCUAAGUGAUGAGAGCUAUAAAGGUGUUUUUUGUUAUGUUAAUAAGGUGACUUUUGGAAAGCACCUAGAUAUUCUAGCCAAGAGUGUAGGACACCCCAAACUCCACAGGGACAAAACCUAUGUUUGGGACCCUUCCAGACAUGACUCCAUGUAUCUCUUCAUCUGGCUGUUCAUUUGUAUCCUUUACUGUCCUUUGUAAUAAACUGGUAACCUAGUAA